GUUGAUUAGAUACACUAAUUUUGAAAUGCAAGAUUUAUUUUAGGAGGCAGACUGUAACUAACUAACUAUAAAUAAAUUCCGAAUCUCUAGCUCUGUAUUAAAUCAAUCCGAAAUCUGAAACCAACCAAAGUUUCUCCAUAAUCUUCUUCUCUGAAUCUCUCUCUCUCUCUCUCUCUCGUUCCAAUCCAAAAAAUGGUUUCAUCUUCCCAAAAGAUCCUGGUCACCGGUGGUUCUGGUUUCAUCGGCACUCACACGGUGCUUCAGCUUCUUCAAGGUGGUUUUGCUGUUUCCAUUAUUGAUAAUUUCGAUAAUUCUGUUAUAGCAGCUGUGGACCGUGUUCGUGAACUUGUUGGUCCUCAACUUUCUCAGAAUCUCGAUUUCACUUUGGGAGAUCUCAGAAUUAAAGAUGAUUUGGAGAAACUCUUUUCUAAAACUAAAUUCGACGCGGUGAUUCAUUUUGCUGGAUUAAAAGCCGUUGGUGAAAGUGUUGCGAAUCCCCGUCGCUAUUUUGAUAAUAAUCUUGUUGGGACUAUCAAUCUUUAUGAAGUUAUGGCCAAAUAUAAUUGUAAAAAGAUGGUUUUUUCAUCAUCUGCUACUGUUUAUGGUCAACCUGACACGAUACCCUGUGUGGAGGAUUUCAAGUUACAAGCCAUGAAUCCCUAUGGCCGGACUAAGCUUUUCCUUGAAGAAAUUGCGAGAGAUAUUCAGAUAGCUGAACCAGAAUGGAAGAUCAUUUUACUGAGAUACUUCAAUCCAGUUGGAGCCCAUGAAAGUGGUAAACUCGGUGAAGAUCCCAGGGGCAUCCCAAAUAAUCUCAUGCCUUAUAUACAUCAAGUAGCUGUUGGAAGAUUACCUGCGCUCAAUGUAUAUGGUCAUGAUUAUCCUACCAGGGAUGGCUCUGCGGUUCGGGACUAUAUCCAUGUGAUGGACUUAGCAGAUGGUCACAUUGCUGCCGUGAGAAAGCUUUUCGCAACGGAAAACAUAGGUUGUACUGCUUACAACUUGGGAACUGGCCGCGGUACAUCUGUGCUUGAAAUGGUUUCUGCAUUUGAGAAAGCUUCUGGCAAGAAAAUUCCAUUGAAGUUGUGUCCAAGAAGGCCAGGAGAUGCUACGGAGGUUUAUGCAUCUACAGAUAAAGCUCAGAAAGAACUUGGCUGGAAGGCCAAAUAUGGUGUAGAGGAGAUGUGCAGGGAUCAGUGGAAUUGGGCUAAGAACAACCCAUGGGGUUACUCGGGGAAGCCUUGAAGAACAACCGGCGAGAUUACUCAAGGAAACUUUGAAUCAUCAGCUUAACCAAUAUCUUUACAUACAAAUAGGCCUCCAAUUGUUGAGGAAGACUUGAUGCCUGUUUAGGCACUCAAUAAUCUUGAGAAUAAAGUUGUCUGCUUUUUUCGAAAAUAAUGAAGAAAGUUAGACAUUCUAUUAUUCAAAUGUAAUGAUAUUCCCCUAAAAAAAAUGUAUGAUAUUCUUUUUUGCAUAGAUAUAUAAAAGUAAUAUUACCUUGAAACUGUAA